CUUGCCGCGCGCUGGUCACUAGUACAACUUCACCCCUAGCUGGUUUUAGGGGUCACUACCGGUCUCAAAUCUCUCUACCCGGGAGCCGGCCUGUAAAACUGUGUAAAAUUAGAAUCUGCCCGUGCCGGAUAUUCUCCCCUACAUUUAGUUUCUGGCGUGGACCGAUGGCCUGAGCGUCUGCUGCUAGUCGUGUGAUUUCUUCCCGCCAAACUCCGGCCGCUCUCUCUCAGACAUUGCCCGGGAGAUGGUCGUGGACAAGGAGGGGGAUCAGCCCCGACACGUGACUGGGAAUGGAGGCUUCACGCCCGUGGAGCAGCCGACCAAUGGGAAGUCCGGGUCAACUUCUGACGUGGGGGAGACAAAGCAGCCUCCAACUGUAACAGACAAGGGCGACAACCAACCAGACAAGGGCGACAACCAACCAGACAAGGGUGACAACCCUCAAGAUGACGAAGAAGAAGAAGAUGAGGUCAUUGAUCUCUCCUGCGGCGUGUGGAAGUUGCGCACCAACGCGUUUGGCUCACGUUUUGCCAACCUGUACGUGUUCGCCACCUUCAUGGGCGUGUCGGCCUUGUUCUCUACCAUGGUCAAUAGUGUCGUGCAUGUGCAGCUGACCUCCAUAGAGAAACAGUUCAACAUCGACAACUCACAGGCCGGCCUGUUUGAUGUGGCGUCACGCGCUGGUCACAUGUCCACCAUCUUGUUUGCCGGUCACUUUGCCAAGACUGUCCACAUCCCGCUGACCAUCGGGCUGUCUGGAAUGUUCCAGGGGGUGCUGCUAGCGACCCCCGCCUACCUGCACUUCGCUGACCCCUACCAGCUGCCCGUACUGGAACACGCCUCCUACUUCAACCAAUCAAAUUCCACCAACUACGGGGACCAGGCCAAGUACAUGUGUGACGCUAAUUACGUCAUCAGCAACACCACAGGACAUCACCAAAAGAACAGUACGGGCACUACCAACCAGAUGGCCUUUAUCGUCAUCCUCGUGGUGCAGGCCAUCAAGGGCAUCACAGACACCUUCCAUUCGGGCUUCCUGCCUACACUCUACAUGGAUGACAACAUGGUGGACAAGGCCAAGAUGAGCAUUUUCUUUGGUAUCCAACACAUCAUCACCGACCUGGCCAGCCCCAUCGGCCGACAGAUUAACGGCAUCAUGACGGAGAUCCCGAUUGACCUGAAGGAGACCGACAUGGACCCUAAAGAUGGCCGUUUUAUCGCCGCCUGGUGGUUGGCCUUCCUGGUGUUCGGGGCCUGUCUGUUCCUCGUCUCCUUCCCCAUCCUGCUGUUCCCCAAGAAGUUGGUCUCACGCAGGAGGCAGAGGGAGGCGCUGGAGAGGGCCCGAGUGACGUAUGCGGGAGGGCACGUGGAGGAGGAGGUCGUCCAGCCAAUCUCCAGUCAGCUGAGUGUGGAGGACACGCUAAGAAAGUCCAGCAUCGUGACCACUGGCAUCUCAGGCGGGGUCAAGCACCGACUCAGUGUCUCCGGUCCCUCAAGGAAAGGAAGUCUGGCAUCCACGGGUCAACCAGCCAGCAGAAGGCCCAGCAUGUUCCCGCCCAUCCUGGCGCCCACAGAACGGAAGGUCAGCCUGACCGGAGACAUGGUGUUUGAGCAGACGAUCAAAGCUGCACCCAGACGUGCACCGGAAGCUGCGGCUGGUAAAGGUCAAGGUCGUUCAGGCAGAAGAAAGGGCAACCUGAAGACAAUGGUCAAAGAUUUCCCACAAGCCCUGCUGCGCAUGCUCAAGAUGCCAGCCUACCUGCUGCUGCUGAUCGACAUCGCCAUCGUGUCCAUCCCCAUGUCUGGCACCUCCAUCUUCAGGAGCACCUACAUGGCCAACCAGUACAACGUGCCCAUGUCCACUGUCACACUGGCCUCAGGGAUCUCGUCUGCCGUGGGUCACGUGAUCGGGACCCUGGCCAGUUCCUGGGUGGCGAGCAAGGUCCACACACGGAUGGGCCUGCUGUACAUCGUCAUGAGCAGCUACCUGUUCACGCUGGUCAUCACCCCGCUCUAUCUGGUCUUUGGCUGCAGUAAUGACGUGGUGUAUGGGGAGACUGGCGAGUACGGCAGGCCUGUGAACCUGACGGACGCCUGUGACUGCGAGAACGCCAAGGUGCUCAUCUCCUGUGGUGACGACGGCAACAACUACCUGUCGCCCUGCCACGCAGGUUGUACAGGCAUGGACGGCAAGAUCUUCACCGAGUGCUCCCUGUUGACCAACCUGACCCUUGGGAACAAGGUGACCCCCGGGCUGUGUGACACGGACUGUCACACCAACUUCAUCAUCUACGUCUUCCUACACGGCCUACAGAACAUCGCCAGCUCACUCGCCUCCAUACCACGCCGUCUGCUCAUUCUCAGGAUGGUGGACCCGAGGGACAGAGCCUUCGCUACCAGCAUCUUCGUCUUCUUCUCCAGUCUCAUGGCCAUCCCGUCCCCCAACCUGUUUGGCAAGGUCAUGGACGACACGUGUAGGGUGUGGGACGGUCGGUUCUGUGCUCUCUAUGACAGGGAUAAAGUCAGGUAUUUCCUGUCUGGCAUCGACAUAGGUGUGCACGGUGUGGUACAGAUCACCUACCUCAUCAUGUUGGGCCUCUUCAAGUGGGAGGAGUGGAAGAUGAGGCGUCAAGCCAAGAGGGGGCAGGGCACGGUGGACGCUGAGAUGACCGAGAAGACUUAGAUCUCAAGACUGUUCCUGUGUGUGUGUUCGUGUGUGUGUGUGUGUUUGUGUGUGUUGCUGUGUGUUAGUUCGUGUGUUUAUUGAUAUGUAUGUCAGUUCUCAUGUGUAAUGUGUGUGAGAGCUGUACUGUAUGUGUGUUUGUGAGAAUGACAUACUGUCCACAGCAAGAAGCUGUACCCACUGAACACGUGACCUUGGUGUGUUCGUUUAUGUCUGCAGUAUUCAGGUGUCAGGUUUGAAACAUCUGAUGUAAAAAUAAAGCCAUUCAUUAUUCUUGAAAUAAUAUUGUUGAUUGAAGAGAAAAGAAGUUGUAAAUAGAUGACGUCAUCUUUAUGCUCACUCAGAAUUUGAUGAAAGAUUUGAUCACACGUACAAGCUGUAUGGGACGGAGUGGUCAGAUGAUAGAGCGUACGAGUCCCUGAGUCUAUCCAGUUCUAAUGGGUACCUGACUCUCGUUUAGGAAAGCAAAGGCUGGCCUGGAGAUGAUCCCACUAAAUAAAUGAACUCUACUUCAUCUACCCAUAGAUCGGCAGGUCCGAAACUUAAGCUGUGGGUACCUGCAUAUUUUUGUACACGCUAGACAUGACUAUACUUGAUAAUGUGUCUGCUAAUUUUCACUGACUUGUUUUUUUUAAAAAAUAUAUUUGUGAUUGGACUGAUUUUUAUGUCACUGUAAAAACUACUGCAACCAGUAGCUCGAAGAGGAUUGUUAUUGAUAUUACCCCGUUUAUAUAAUCGAUACAUUGUACCACACUAGUUCUAGCGUCGACACAUUGUAUUGUACUAUUUACAGCAUGGAUACUAUUUAUUUAUAAGUUUGUAUAAUCGAUACUCCAGUAAUGUACUCGUGUGAUGUAACUGGUUUACAAUACUCAGUUGAAGUCAAAUUCUGUUGUUUGUGAUAUCUAUUCUACAACAUUCAGUCUAAGUCAAAUUCUGUUGUUUGUGAUAUAUGUUCUACAACAUUCAGUUAGUCAUAAUGUUGUUUGUGAUAUAUGUUCUACAACAUUCAGUUAGUCAUAUAAUGUUGUUUGUGAUAUAUGUUCUACAAAAUUGAACACUUCGCUCUUGAAAGACUUUCGACGUCA